UACCAAGGGGCGCGGGUGGGGAGGGAGCGGCCUGUGCGCGAGGAGCCGUGUGGCGGCGCGCGGGCUCUUGGGUCUCUCGGCGCGGCCGGGCCGGACCGGACCGAUCGCAGCCCCGUCACGGGCCCCGCCGCCGCCGGGCCGGGCCCGCCGCCCCCUCCCGCCCCGUCCCGCUCCUUCCCGUCCCUUCCCGUCCCCCGGCCCGCUGUGUGGGAGGCGCCGGGCCCGCUCGGAAGAACGCCGACGCGCUCAAUGCCCAGGGUGUUCUGUUGGAAUAUACGUCGCACAUUUAUGGCGAUUCUGAGUGUGAGGGCAGACUUCUGCCAGGCCCAGCACAGCAUCCUGGCUGACAAGUGAGCUGAGAGCAGCGGAUUCUACGUGCCAUAAUUACUUUGCCUUGAAGACUCCAGACACAGCGAACACACUCAAAUAUAUGGGAUAUCUUCUGCACAUUGGAAGCAUAUUCCUUUUACUGACUCUAGCAAAACUAAGCAUCAAGAAAACAAAGUGGAGAGAAAAUCUGCCCUUACUUUUUUGCCUCACCAGUGCCUAAAUGUAGAACAGGCUGCCUAGUCUUGCAUAUAGUCAGAAUUUUUGGAGUCUGAAGGAUACCACCUGCAGUAAUUGAGGCCGAAGUUGAAUUCAAGUGGAUUCUGAAGCAAACCUGCUUUUCUAGAAACAAAUUCCUUAAGGAACAAACACGUCAAAGCAAGCUCUGAUCAAUCCCAGGCAUUUUAGUGGUCUUUUUAAUGUUUUCUGCUGUGAAACGUUUCCAAGGUUAUUGAUUUUUUUUUUAAUUUUCUUUUUUUUUUUUGGCCCCUUACAUAUUUUGUUUGCCAUUAUGAACCGUCCAGCCCCCGUGGAAAUUACUUAUGAGAAUAUGCGUUUCCUGAUCACUCACAACCCAACCAAUGCAACUCUCGGCAAGUUCAUAGAGGAGCUGAAGAAGUAUGGAGUGACAACCUUGGUGCGAGUUUGUGAUGCCACUUACGAUCAAGCUCCUAUCGAAAAAGAAGGAAUCCAUGUUCUAGACUGGCCGUUUGAUGAUGGAGCACCACCCCCGAAUCAGAUAGUUGACGACUGGCUAAACCUGUUGAAAACCAAAUUUCGUGAAGAGCCUGGAUGCUGUGUCGCUGUUCACUGUGUUGCAGGCUUGGGAAGGGCUCCUGUACUGGUUGCACUUGCUCUCAUUGAAUGUGGAAUGAAGUACGAAGAUGCAGUUCAGUUUAUAAGGCAGAAAAGGAGGGGAGCUUUCAAUUCCAAACAGCUGCUUUACCUUGAGAAAUACCGACCUAAGAUGCGAUUACGCUUCAAAGAUGCCAACGGUCACUGCUGUGUUCAAUAAAAAAAAAAAUCUCAAACGAAGGCAGAAGUUAGCAUGGCUGUUUUCUGGACUCUUGGCACCUGGAAAUGUGAAUCUGGAAUCAAACUACGUCAUCAAAUUAGUGGUGGAGUCAGUGCUCCUCAACCUCUGUCCUAAUGGUGGUGAUGAUUGAAAAAAAAAAUAAUAAAAAAAUAAAAAAAAAUUAAGAGAAACAUUUCAGUGAAGGAUUGUUUUCUCCUUAAGCUGCAGUUUGAACAUCUGCAAGGAGAAAAUCAGUUUCUGAACCUGUAUUUUUAACUUUUUAAGAAAAGAAAUAAAGUAAAUUUUAUGUCUAAGGAAAACCAGCAGA